ACUCGCAAAAUUGUUUCACAGUUUUAAGUGGUUCCCGACCGGUUCUUUGCAUUAAUUACGCUAGAAUCAGUGGUUUCUCUUUCUUUCUCUGAGCAAUUGAUUGUUUUAUCUUUGAAGCAUGGCUCCUCAUCAAGAUGGCACCAGGCAGGGUGAUGAAAGUCCCGUGCAAAUGGUCCAGCUGACUCCGCUGGUCGUACUGCAAAUCAUCAAGCAGUGUGAGGAACAGCGAACCCUUGGGGAACAUGCGGAGGGAUUUCUUUGCGGCUUGCUCGAGAGGAGGAAACUAGAAUUGACAUAUGCGUAUCCGUCUCUCAAAGGCGAAGGAAAUGAACAAGAAGCGGAAGAUUACAGUGAAGAAAUGACCAGGCGUUUGCGUCAAGUGAAUGUUGAUAACUUGGUUGUUGGAUGGUACAAGAGCGCUGUAUUUGUCUUUUUAAAUCGGGAUGUCUUCGAAUCUCAGCAUUCAUAUCAGUCAGCUGUCGAGGAAUCAGUUGUGUUAAUUUAUGAUCCGGUGCGCACUGCACAAGGAUUAUUAACCCUAAAAGCUUACCGCUUGGGCGCUGAAGUGAUGCGAGUGGUUAAAAAAGACGGCCUGGAAUUUUCCAUGGAUAGUGUGCGCCGAUCGAAGCUGACUGUGGAUAGUUUAUUUGAGGAGAUCCCGAUUCAGAUAAAGAAUAGCCAUUUUGUUAACGCAGCGCUUAGUGAACUGGACUUAAUCGCUCCUUCUCCAAACAAGCGUCCUUUCUUGGAUCUUUCCACAAAUGUUCUUUUGGAGAAGAACGUCAGCCUGCUGCUGGAAAGUGUCGAUAAGCUGCUACAGGAAAAUCAGAAAUUAAGCCUGCACCAAAAACGCACACUGCGAAUGGAGCAGGACCGGCGGCGAAUUAUUGCACGCAAGAAUCAACAGCGACUAGCCAAAGGUGAGCAGCCGUUGACGGAAGACGAAAUCAAUCAAAUGUUCCGCUCCCUGCCGGAGCCGCCGCGUGCCGACAUCGUCCUGGCAUCGGCCCAAGUGGGGCAGUACUGCGAGCGCAUUGGACAGUUCUCAUCGCAGAGUCUGAGCAAGAUGCAGAUUGCCGAAGCUCUGCAGGGCAAACUCAAGGACAGCUCCGCCGCUUUCUUAUCGGCUCUCCAUAAAGAAGCGCAGCCGCAGUAGAAAUGAUACGCGAACUGGAUAUUCCGAGUCCGAUUGGUUGUAAUUGUUUGAUGUUUCGUAAUAUUUAUUAGUUCUUUUUAUGCAGCACUUAGAAUGUAUCAUCGUGUACCAGAUUUCAUGUUAUCUGAAUGAUAAAAAUAAAGAAA